AACUUCUAUAUAAAGUUACGUACUCGUUGGUUCGAAGCUACAGACAAUCACAAUGGAGAAAUCAAGAGCUCUCUUUCUCUUCUUCUUCCUCCUCUUUUUGGCCUUGCCAUUUCCGGCAGCGUCAGUGGAGAAGGAACUCAAGGAAGCAGCUCCCGCACGAGGCUUGGGGAAUUCCAAUACUGCCGUCUACAUCGUGACCUUCAAUCCCGUUGAAGGGUUGGAUAAAGAAUCCUUGCACAUUGAAACUCUUUCUUCCAUUCUUGGGAGCGCUGAGGCGGCUAAGAAGGCACUGAUCUAUAGUUAUAAGUACGCCGUACACGGUUUUGCCGCUAGGUUAACUCCAGAACAAGCUGCAGAAUUGGCUAAGCUACCUGGCGUUCUUAGUGUUAUGCUGAGCAGGACCUUUUCACUUCAUCAUACUGGAAUGCUCAAUCUUCACGGAAUGGGUGAUUUUUGAACCUUUCCAAAGCUUUUACACAUACAAUUUGGCUCAGAUGGCUGUUGAAUGAUGAUCAUGUAAGUUUUAAUAUCCUUUUCUGAUAUUGUGGCGAAUACUGGAUUGCUUUCAAUUAUGCUGCUGUUGUAAAAAAAUAAAAGUUUUGUUUGAAGUACUAUAAAUAUAAUAUUGUGUGAUUACUGCCAAAUGCUGAAACUACAUAAGUGACAGAUCUGUUUGUUCAGAAUUGUUGUGAAAUUACUGUUUAUAGUUUUGAGAUGACAUUGAUCUAUUUGGUAAAA